AUGUUAUUUAAAUUGUUUAUCUUGAGAAGACACCAGAAGACCUGGUGUUUUAUUUUCGAAGAAGCUUCUAAGAUCGAAGAAAUUGAAUUAUCAAUCGAACGUGAUAAAGAAAACGGAAACUUCAUAUUCUCGGAGCACAUCCAAGCUUACCGUCUGAGGUUUCAGAAGUUCAAAAAGGUUAUAACUAUAAUCUUUAUAACAUGUUCUAUCGUGUAUUUAUUGGCACCAUUUAUAGAAUAUUGUGUAAGGAAACUAACCCAAAGUGAAAGUAUCGGUUUGCCUCAUAUUGUACAAAUUUGGACCCCUUUAGACAACGAUUCCUGGGUUGGAUAUAUCAUAACUCUAUUAUUUGAAUGUAUCAUUAUGUGGUACAAUGUGUCGACUCACCUUGUGUUUGAUUUAACUUCUAUUGGUGUCAUGGUAUUUAUCAUUGGCCAAUUUAGUUUGAUAUGUCACUACAGCGAAGAAAUAGGAUGUAAAGAAGAGAUUUUUCAAUCUAAAAGAGGGGACGACUUGGCCCAUAAUCAAAUAAUCAUGUGUCAUCAAAUCUACGUUCGUAUAAAAUAUGUAACUGACAAGUUGAAGAAACUUCUUACAAAUCUGUUGGGGGUAUAUUUUCUAAUAUCUACUAUUCUACUAGGAUGCGUUGUUGUGAGAGUGAAUUCAUCUAAAAGCGAACGUACACCUUUUUUAUUGUUGGUGACGGGAUUGCUAAUUUCUAUGAAUGCGGUGGAUAAUGAAACUGUUAUAGAGCAAUAUUGUGAGAAAUUUACAACUCUAUCGUUAGGUACUAAAGAAUUAGCGUCAGUUGGCUGGUGUUUGUCAGUCACUCCUACGAUCGGGCCAAGUGAUUGGCUGUCGGAAGUAGCUGAUGAGCCAGAAUCUGUAGUCUGCAUCAGUGAGAUACUGAUACCUCCUUAUGACGAAUACGUCGAAACUAUUCCCGUAGACGAUAUGUCUGUCGUGGCUCAAACACUAUCCCACGAGAAUAGAAAUAACAAAGAGUUGGACACCGACGUCCUCGAAAUACUCGGCGAGGAUCCCUCGCACACACAGAACGUCGGAAAUAAUAUCCGUCCGGAACUAAUUGAUUCACUGCUUUUCGGUGAAGAACUAGCGGGAAUUCUUAAGACCGCUAAGUUGAUUAAUAAAUCCGGAACAGAAUUGAAAGCCGACCCACCUACAAAAAACCUACCCAAGAGGUCAAAAAUACCCCUCCAGAACCAUUUAAACCGGAAAGCUCCGGGUUCGGCGUACAGGCUGCCAGGCCCAUCUCAGAGGAGCUACGAGCCUGCAGGCCGCCGCCUACUUCCCCCGCCGCCGCUCGCGCGCUCUUCAAGGCAGUGGCCGCGUCAGCAGCAGCAUCAUCUGCCGCCGCCACCGCCGCCGCCACCACCAGCGGCGGGCCGGGCGGCGGUGUCUAAGCAAACACAGAUGACGAGUGCUAUUGCUUGUUUAGGAGAAAUUAUCUCUAAUGAACUGAACUUUAAGAACAAAGAUAAGGAAAGACUCGUGAAAAUUGAAAGCCGACCCACCUACAAAAAACCUACCCAAGAGGUCGAAAAUACCCCUCCAGAACCAUUUAAACCGGAAAGCUCCGGGUUCGGCGUACAGGCAGCCAGGCCCAUCUCAGAGGAGCUACGAGCCUGCAGGCCGCCGCCUACUUCCCCCGCCGCCGCUCGCGCGCUCUUCAAGGCAGUGGCCGCGUCAGCAGCAGCAUCAUCUGCCGCCGCCACCGCCGCCGCCACCACCAGCGGCGGGCCGCCACAGUUAAGUACGCUGGCAGACUGCUUUACUUUCGGGAACAAUGGUCACUUAUCACUAAUGAUCUUACGAUCCUUUCUUGGAUAG